AUGAUUUCAUAUGAACUAAUAUCCAAGCAGGAUGUAAAUGCAAAAGAGAAAGUAUUUGUAAAGGAUAAUCAAUUAAUUUUUGAUUAUCCUUGUGAAAAUUCAUCACAUUGUACUGACUACAUUGUUCAUAUGCCUCGUGGAACAUAUAAAUUUGAACUAUAUGGUGCUAGUGGAGGCAGUUCUCGUGGGAAUGUCUCUUCUUACAGAGAUAAAAAUAAAAUUUGUAUUCCGGAUGACAUUGUCAAGCUUUUUCAUGGUAAUACGGAAUGUUUCCAAGAGAAUAGUAUUGGUGGAGCAGGAGGUUAUCUAUCAGCCGUUAUUCGCCUAAACCAUCCUAUUCCAACUUAUUUUACCCUUGGAGGAAAAGGUGUUUUUGGCUACAAACCAGGUACAAUGACUGAAGAACAAAAUUUUGAGAAAGACAAUAUGCAACCUGGUGGAUAUGGUGGUGGUGGAAGUUCUUCUAAUUAUUUUGGUAUUGAUGAAUCAUCUACAUUGAUCUAUGGUUCAGGUAGUGGAGGUGGUCAAACCGCCGUCAAAUUUCUUGAAAAUGACCUUUGGCACCGAGUUUUGGUGAGCGGUGGUGGAGGUGGAAGUGAUGACAAUGCAACAGAUGACGGUAGUGGUGGUUCUGGAGGAAAUUUAACUGCUCAAGGUUGGUUUCGCUUCAGUGAACUUAAGAGUUCUCAUUUAGCAAAUUCUUCUUUCGGAUUUGCAUUCGGUCAAGGAGAAGCUGCUCGAUACACUACAGCCCUAAACAAUAGAUCUGUCCAGAAUGCAGGAAAAUUUGAUAUUGCAGGUGCUGGAGGAGGUUGGUUUGGUGGUUUCUCUUCCCAAGAUGGGUCUUCUGGAUCAGGAGGAGGAUCAUCAUGGGCAUUGACAAAAGAUGCCUUCAUUCCUAUCGGAAAUAUCGAAUCUUAUGAUGAAUUCUACAAAUUUAUCGACUCUAAACCUUAUGCAUUUGAUCAUAACUCAGAAUAUCUUUUUCAAGAUGUAAUACAUGUACCGGGUAUUUGGGAAGGAAAUGGCCGCAUUAUCAUUUCAAUACUUGACAUGUGUUAUAUUUAA